UAAAAUUGCGUGCACCCUCAGAGGGGUGCGGUGACCGAAAAAAUUAACGUCAUUAUAACUUAAUUAUCCCUAGUGCGACCGAAUUUCUACAAAUUCCGCUAGGGAAAUUAGCAACUUGGAAAUUAUGUUGGCACUGAUUUAUUCCCCACGUCAAAGCUGUUUGGACUUCUAACCUAAAUCUUUAGAAGAAUAAAACAAGAUAAAAUCAAUUACUAAACAAUUUUCUCGCCAAGAAAAAUACCACAAUGGGUAAGAGAAAAAGAAAUAAGGGCGAAAGGCGAAGCGAAAACAACGAUCGACCGGGCCGACACCCGCCACACUUGAGAGGAAAACAAAUCGGCUUAUUUUACGCCCAGAAGUCUAAGGAAAAAAAAAUUCAACAUCUAAAACGACCUCUGGGGGCCAUAUUGUUGUCAACAACAAAAAAACAGCAAAUCCAGUCAGUUUUGAACUCCACCUCGUUCAAGAACUUGUUCGUUGUUGAUGAUGGCUCUUACGAACACGUAAAGGACUCGCAUUUUAAAAGAGAUUUCAUGCGUGUUAUUAGCGAAACAAUUGAUGAAAAGUUAACGAAGACACCUGUGAUUAUUUCAGAUGAUUCUCGACUGGAUACUACGUAUUAUGAGGAAUUUGUAGCAAAACAACAAAAUCAGCGAUAUGUGAAUAUGUUGGAAAAGCGCAAGAAAUUACCAGCGCAUGAAUUAAAAAACGAGAUAUUGAAAGUAUUGGAGGAAAAUCAGGUUCUUGUGAUUAGUGGGGAGACAGGUUGUGGUAAAACAACUCAAGUGCCACAGUUUAUUUUGGACGAUUUUUUGGAAAAACAGAAAGGGUCUGGGUGCAGGAUCUUGUGCACACAACCCAGAAGAAUAAGUGCUAUUUCUGUUGCCCAAAGAGUGGCAGAUGAGAGGGCAGAGAAUCUAGGACAGAGUGUGGGGUACCACAUCCGUAUGGAAAGGCGUCUUCCUCGAGAUCGAGCCUCCGUUUGCUUCUGCACGACCGGCGUGGUGCUCAAAAUGAUGGAAUCUGAUCCUUCAUUGUCCACAGUGUCUCACUUGAUCCUCGACGAAAUUCACGAACGUGAUGUCAUGUCGGAUUUUAUUCUAGCUUUGAUUAAAAAAAUCAGGAGCAUAAGAACGGAUUUGAAAAUUAUUCUUAUGAGUGCCACUCUAAAUUCAGAGAAGUUUUCACGAUAUUAUGAUAAUUCUCCACAUAUCAACAUUCCUGGAUUCACUUACCCUGUCAAAGAAUUCUACCUGGAAGAUGUUCUAUUCAGGACCAAGUUCGUUUAUGAGGAGAAACGAAUAAAGCAGCAGAAAAUCGCGGAAUAUAGUAGAUUUAUUGAACCUCAUGUUAGACAGUUGGAAAGAACAAAUCAGUACAGCAGAGAAGUAUGCAUACAGCUUAGAAGUCCACUUUGUGAAGAAAUAAAUAUAGAACUGAUAUUCACACUUCUUGUGGACAUUUGCCUAAAGGAACAGGAUGACGGAGCUAUCUUAGUUUUCUUGACGGGUUUCGGGGAAAUAUCGUCUUUAACAAGAAUGCUUCAAGAAUCGGGUCAAUUCCCCUCACACAAAUACCUAAUUUUUCCUUUACACUCGUUAAUGCCAACGAUCGAACAAAAACAAAUAUUCGAAGUACCUCCCAGAGGCACCAGAAAAAUCAUCAUAGCCACUAACAUCGCAGAAACGUCGAUAACAAUCGACGAUGUUGUCUACGUUAUAGACUGUGGCAAAAUAAAAGUGACUGGUUUCAAUGUCAAAACCAACACGGACAUCCUAGCUCCAGAAUGGGUAUCUUUAGCUAACGCGAAUCAACGUAGAGGGCGCGCUGGUCGGGUUAAACCUGGCGUGUGCUUUCACCUAUUCAGCAAAGCUCGAAACAUGGUCCUAGAAAAAUACCAACUUCCAGAAAUUUUAAGGACACGUCUUGAAGGUGUUAUUUUGACGGCAAAAGUGUUGCAGUUAGGCGACAUUUCCACCUUUUUCCAACAGUUGAUUGAUUCGCCAGAACCUGAUGCUGUGUCAUUGGCUCUUGAUUUACUCAAGCGUCUGAAUGCGUUAACAGGCGACGAGAAACUAACACCGUUGGGGUAUCAUCUGGCGAAGCUUCCGAUGGCGCCCCAAAUGGGAAAGAUGAUUUUAUUCGGGGCGAUUUUUAGUUGUCUAGACCCCAUUUUAUCAGUCGCUGCUACUUUGGAUUAUAAAGAUCCCUUUCAGUUGCCCGUUGGUAAAGAAAAAGAAGCGAAUUUGAUGAAGUUGGAGUUGUCUGAUGGGAUUAAGAGCGACCAUUUGCUUUUUCACGAAGCUUUGAAGGGGUUUGAAAGGUGUGGGAAUAACAGUCGCCAGUUUUGUUGGAGGUAUUUUUUGAGUUAUCACACUUUGAAGCAGCUACAGGACAUGAAGAAACAGUUCAUGGAGUAUUUGCAUGAGAUGAAUUUUGUUCCAAACUCUGACCCGAAAUCGCCGGAGUGUAAUAGGAACUCGCAGAAUUUGAGUUUAAUUAAAGCUAUUAUUUGCGCGGGGCUUUACCCGAAUAUAGCGAUUUCAAAAGUUCUAGGAAAGAAACCUGUGUGGACCCCAACUAUGCAAAAAUUAAACAUCCAUCCCAAGUCGAUUCUAGCCGAAUGUAGAUACUUUGACACGAAUAUUCUCGUGUACUACAGAAAAGUUUAUUCAAACAGUGACUACAUUCACGAUUGUUCGUUAAUACAUCCACUGCCUGUGAUAUUUUUUGGAGAUAAUUUUCAGAGAAUGUACGAAGAGGGCCGACACAUGAUCACGAUUAACGAAAAUUUAAAAUUUGUUUGUACCGAGAGCACUACGUCGAUCAUUAAAGAACUUCGAGACAGAUUUAAUUGGUUCUUGGAAUAUAAAAUCUCGCACCCUGGGCCUGUGAUUUGGGGGAAAGAAAACGAAACGCGGGUCUUGGAUGUGAUUAUGGAACUAAUUACUUGCGAGGAUCUGGAAGUUUAUGACGACGACACCUUUGAUGACUAUGACUAGAUUUUUUUAUUUUUCUGCCAGUAUUUAUUUGUUGUAAAAUUUGAAAAUUCUUAAUAAAUUAAAUGUUAUAUGUAAA